UGCCAGUCUAAUAGGCUGUAUUAAUACAAAUUUACUUAAUUUAACCAAGCAAAAGGAUUCAAAUAAAGAAGAAGCGAGAAGGCAGAAAGUGGAUUCACUUAGGCCAUGGAUGACAAUGAAGCUCCCACUUUCGAACCAGAUUUAAUUAGAGCCAUUUUCAAGCACAUUUGGAUAAAAAAAGCUCAAGAGCGUGAAAGGAACGGAUUCCCAAACACUGAGGCCGGAGAUUCCGAGGUUGGAGCUGGAACAUCAAAGAAGAAUCGACCCACUUCCGCUAAUACAAAUGCCUUGAAGCUGAGUUGUGAACUUCUUCGGAUUUUUAUCACGGAGGCUAUUCAGCGAGCUGGUACAAUUGCUGAAGCUGAGGGUAGUACCAUGAUUGAACCAACUCAUUUAGAAAGGAUUCUUCCUCAAUUACUUCUGGAUUUUUAAGGGGUUCAGCUCGCUAACUAAUCUGUUGGAACUGAUAGACAUCUAUGCAGUUUCUCUACAUCGGCUUGUAGGUAGUAUUAUCGUAUUGUUUAUUGAUUGUGUAGUAGACAAGUAGACUUUAUUGGCCUAGUAGUACUUUAGUAUCAAGUAGAUCUUCCAAGUGUUUUAUUCCUAUGAACUUACUACAGUAUUAAUGGCUUAAUAUGACCGAGGUCGAUUUUAGUUGA